AUGCCAUCUCCAAGAUUUAUCAAGAGUCAUCUUCCAGCUCCUCUUCUGCCUAAACAAAUCUGGACAGUUAAACCAAAGAUUGUUUACGUGGCCAGGAAUGCCAAAGACACUUUGCUAUCAUACUAUCAUCAUUGCCGGAACAUUAUGAAUUUUUCGGGAAAUCUUCCCGAUUUUGCGAAAUUAUUUAUGGAAGACCGAGCUAUUUACUCACCAUAUAUCACGCACAUUCUAAAUUUUUGGCACUUGAGAAACGAGGAGAAUAUUCUAUUUCUCACUUUUGAGGAAAUGAAGAAAAAUAACCCGGAUGUUAUUGAAAAAACAGCAGAAUUUCUUGGGAAGUCUCUGACAAAAGAACAAAUUCUGAUUCUUUCUGAGCAUCUCACUUUUGAAAACUGCUCCAAAAAUCCUUAUGUUAACCCAGAAGAGAGUCUUUCACGGCUGCGAAAAACACGCAAUAUUGCAAAGCCUGAUAACGACUAUCGUUUUAUGCGUAAAGGAAAGGUCAAUGCUUUCCGAGAAGAAAUGCCUGCCGAAAUGAUCGAACAAAUCAACAUCUGGCUUGAAGAUCAACUUGACAACCUAAAUCUGAAAGAUGACCGAGAAAUAAGAAAAAUCGUGUUUAAUGAAUAAAGUUUGUAUGUUAGUUGAUUACUCAUGUUCCAUGUUUAUGAACUAGAAACUAUUUGUUGUUAUCAGUUAGGGGAAGGUGUGGCAAUUCUGUGUAAGCGUAACUUUAUUCACUA